AUGGCGAACUAUCUUGCUCAGUUCCAGACGAUCAAAAAUUCCCUUGAUCAUCUCGUGAUUGCAGUUGAAGAUGUGAGCGACUUGUGGCCUACUGUCAAGAAUGGAUUUGAGGAGCACUUGCCAUUUAAAAGAGCUUGCUUAAAUAACAAGACCCGUAAUCCUGUGUUUGUGGAGAAUUUUCCUGCUGAGUUCAUAUUAACCACCGAUUCGAGACUUCGUAGCCGGUUCCCUCAAGAGCAAUCAUUAUUUUGGUUUCGGGAGCCAUAUGCAACUGCAGUCCUUGUCACUUGUGAGGAUCUUGAUGAGUUCAAGACCAUCCUUAAACCGCGCCUGAAGUUAAUUGUGCAAAAUGAUGAACGGGAAUGGUUUAUUGUUUUUGUAUCCAAGGCUCACCCGAAUAAUGAUCAAGCCACCAAAAUGGCAAAUAAGGUAUAUGCCAAGCUUGAAGUUGAUUUCAGUACCAAGAAGAGAGAAAGGUGUUGCAAGUUCGAUCUAUAUUCCCCUGAAGCAAACUUUUGGGAAGACUUGGAAUCCAAGAUCAUGGAGUGCAUCAGAAAUACAUUGGAUAGGCGUGUACAGUUUUACGAGGAUGAGAUACGCAAACUCAGUGAACAACGCUUCAUGCCAGUUUGGAACUUCUGCAAUUUUUUCAUUUUAAAGGAAAGCUUGGCUUUUAUGUUUGAGAUUGCUCAUCUUCAUGAAGAUUCAUUACGUGAAUAUGAUGAACUAGAAAUUUGUUAUUUGGAAACAGUUGAAAUGACUGGAAAGAGGAAAGACUUUGGGGGAGUUGACCAUGGGGAUGAUCAGGCAGCAUUGAUUAAUUCUGGAAACAAACCAUUGACACAAAUCGUUCAAGAUGACUCAUUUAGGGAAUUUGAAUUCAGACAGUAUCUGUUUGCCUGUCAAUCAAAGCUUUUAUUCAAGCUCAAUCGCCCAUUUGAAGUUGCAGCCAGGGGAUACUCAUUCAUUAUAAGCUUCUCAAAGUCUCUGGCAGUACAUGAGAAUAUUCUACCUUUUUGCAUGCGUGAAGUUUGGGUAAUAACGGCUUGCAUAUCCGUAGUUAAUGCAACUGCUUCACAUUAUAAGGAAGGACUUGCAGCACCUGAUAUAGAAAAGGAGUUCUACCGCCUUCAAGGCGACCUUUAUUCACUAUGCAGGGUUAAGUUCAUGAGGCUUGCAUAUUUAAUUGGAUAUGGAACAAAUAUAGAAAGGAGUCCUGGCAACAGUGCUUCACUCAGCAUGCUGCCUUGGCCCAAGCCAGCGGUUUGGCCCUCAGUACCACCUGAUGCUUCCUCUGAGGUGCUGGCAAAAGAAAAGAUUAUUCUCCAGGCAACUCCAUCAAUCAAGCACUUUGGUAUUCAGAGAAAACCAUUGCCUCUCGAACCUUCCCUACUACUACGUGAGGCUAAUCGGAGGAGGGCUUCCCUUUCUGCUGGAAAUAUGGUUGAAAUGUUUGAUGGUCGCCAAAAUUUUAGUGAUGGUUCAGGUUCGGAUGCAUCAUUAAAGAUGCCCUCAUUACAAAAAGUACAAGCAAGUGUUAUGUCACGCACCAACUCUUCACCAGGAAUUUCCGAGAGCUCAAUUGAUAAGCCCAUGAGACUUGCUGAAAUUUAUGUUGCUGCUGAAAAUACUCUGCACAACACAGUUUCUAAUCCUGAUCUAUGGAAGUCUUUGUCAUCUACAGAGGAGUUUGAGCAAAAAUAUCUGGAGCUAACUAAAGGUGCUGCUGACAAUUAUCAUCGAUCCUGGUGGAAAAGGCAUGGAGUUGUUCUUGAUGGGGAAAUAGCAGCCGUCUGUUUUAAGCAUGGAAACUUUGAUCUGGCUGCAAAGUCAUAUGAAAAGGUUUGUGCACUUUACGCAGGUGAAGGAUGGCAGGAUUUAUUGGCAGAAGUUCUACCCAAUUUAGCAGAGUGUCAGAAAAUACUCAAUGAUCAAGCUGGCUAUCUUUCAUCUUGCGUGAGACUGCUUUCUUUAGAUAAAGGCUUGUUUUUUACCAAGGAACGCCAGGCUUUUCAGUCAGAGGUUGUUCGUCUUGCACAUGGUGAAAUGGAGCAACCUGUGCCACUAGAUGUGUCAUCAUUAAUUACAUUUUCUGGUAAUCCUGGGCCUCCAUUAGAAUUAUGCGAUGGGGAUCCUGGUACUCUAUCUGUAACAUUCUGGAGUGGCUUUCCUGAUGAUAUAACUCUUGAUUCACUAAGUCUCACAUUGAAUGCAUUAUUUAAUACUGAUGAGGUUGCUAAGGCGUUAGUGAGCUCUACUGCAAUUGUAUUAAAGCCCGGUCGGAAUACCAUUACCCUGGAUUUACCCCCCCAAAAACCAGGUUCAUAUGUUUUGGGGGUUCUUACUGGGCAAAUUGGGCAGUUAAGAUUCAGAUCUCAUAGCUUUUCCAAGGGUGGCCCUGAAGACACUGAGGAUUUUAUGAGUUAUGAAAAGCCUCCUAGACCUAUCUUGAAGGUUUUCAAACCAAGACCUCUGGUUGAUCUUGUUGCAGCUGUUUCAUCUGCUUUGCUUAUAAAUGAACCUCAGUGGGUUGGGAUUAUUGCAAGGCCCAUUAACUACUCCCUCAAAGGUGCUGUCUUGUAUGUUGAUACUGGACCUGGUCUUAAAAUUGAAGACUCAAAUUUCAUUGAGAUGGAAAGUUAUGCUGAUACAUCAAAGAGUUCAGUGGGCGUGGCAGACUGUAAUGGUACUCCAAAAGAUGGUUCUUUGGCUGUUGAUAAAAUAUUUGAGAAGUUGACUUUCUGUGAUGAUAGAGUAGAGUUUCCACAUUGGGCAAGCAACUUGACAUCUAUUUUAUGGAUUCCACUUCGUGCUAACAGCGAAAACCUUGCAAGAGGAUCAUCUUUAGUGGCUCCCCAGAGACACAGCAUUGUGGAUGGAAUGAGGACGAUAGCACUCAAACUUGAAUUUGGAGCAUCUCACAAUCAGAUAUUUGAGAGGACCCUCGCUGUGCAUUUUACUGAUCCGUUUCAUGUGAGCACACGAGUUGCAGAUAAAUGCAAUGAUGGUACUUUGCUUCUGCAGGUAAUACUACACUCUGAAGUGAAAGCCACAUUGACCAUCUAUGAUGCUUGGCUUGAUCUUCAAGAUGGAUUUGUUAAUACUGGACAAGGUGAUGGGAGACCAACUUCAGGCUACUUUCCACUUGUCGUUUCUCCAAAUUCUAGAGCAGGAAUGUUAUUCAGUAUAUGCUUAGGGAAGACAAAUGUUGAAGAUGAAGCUAAGGCUCUGCAAUCAGAUAGUAUACUGAAUAUUAGAUAUGGAAUUUCUGGUGAUAGAACCAUUGGAGCGCACCCACCUGUGGCUGCAGAAUCUUCUGGGUCUGAGGAUGAUAGACAGGACUUAAUUUUCAGGUGUGCUCUUGCUUUGCAAAGGCCUGUGCUUGAUCCGGUCCUGGCUGUUGGUUUUCUUCCUCUCCCUUCUAGUGGGCUUAGGGUUGGCCAGCUAGUUACCAUGAAAUGGAGGGUUGAAAGAUUAAAGGAUUUUGAGGAGAAUGAAGUAUCCCCUAACAAUGAUGAGGUGUUAUAUGAAGUCAGUGCAAAUACUGAGAAUUGGAUGAUUGCUGGGAGGAAAAGAGGGCAUGUUUCUCUCUCUGCAAAGCAAGGUUCAAGGAUAGAAAUCUCAAUAUUAUGUGUGCCUCUAGUGGCGGGUUACGUUCGUCCCCCUCAACUUGGUCUGCCAGAUGUUGAUGAAUCGAAUAUAAGUUGCAAUCCGGCUGGGCCUCAUCUGCAUGAUUGCUCCGAGCCCAGUUUCUUCACCUGGAUGCAAGUUGUCACAGAUAGUUAA